ACCGAGAUGGUUUCAACACAUCACCAAAUAUGGCCACUGCGGGGCGUGGGAUCGUCUGUGCUGUGAGGUAUUGGUGGAGGAGAGCAGUGGAUGCAUCUUGAAGUGCGCACGGUGAUCAGGAACUUUGGAGAAAGACUAUGAAAGACAACCCCGAGCAGAAAAAUCGGGUAUGCUUCAAACUUAAACAGAAGGCGUGAGAAGACAACAGCAGAGGAUCCCUCAUACCAUCUAAAAGACUUGCAUUAACCCCGCCUGGUCCAAAGAGAAGCCCACUUUCAUCACUUCACUGAAAUACAGAUAUCCCAUCAUGCCAAUUGUGAUUCCCACCUGCCAGCUUCUGUGGGUGCGUGUGGCUGCCCUGCUGUUCACCUGCGUGGCCUUUAGCGUUGCAGCACAUGGCGCCUAUCUACCCAAUGGAGGCAUGGCUGACUGGUGCAUCUUCUGCUGGGCGUUCAGCUUCGCCUGCACCCUGCUGGUCCUGCUGGUGGAGCAGUUCGACCUCCGGGCUCGAGUCCCAGUGUCAUGGUCCAAUUUCCCCAUCACUGUCGCCUGCUAUGCCUUCCUCCUCUGCCUCUCCGCCUCAAUCAUCUUCCCAGUCUUUUUCGUCAAAGACUUUAAGCAGUACUAUGGCAACACCAGGGACUAUCGCAUCGUCUCCACUGUCUUCUCCUGCCUGGCAUCGGUAGCUUACCUGGGGGAGGUUAGCCUGACCAAAGCCAGGCCAGGAGAGGUGUCAGGUUACAUGGCUACAGCUCCAGGUUUGUUGAAGGUAUGCCAGACCUUUGUGGCUUGUAUCAUCUUCAUCUUGGUGAGCGACCCCAUCUCUUACGACUACCACCCUGGGCUCCAAUGGUGCAUGGCCGUUUACUGCAUCUGUUUCAUCCUCUCCAUGGCCGUGGUGGUGCUGUGUGUGGGAGAGUGCACCGGCUGUCUCCCAAUACCUUUCUCCAAGUUCCUGUCGGGCUUUGGGCUCCUGGCGACUAUUAUGUACUUAUCAGCUACCAUCAUCUGGCCCGUUUUCCAGUUUGAUAAAAAUCGCAGUUACAGGAGGGGGUCAUCAAAUCAAAACCUGAUAGCUGUGUCAGUGCUAACUGGCCUCAACCUCCUUCUUUAUGUUGCCGAUCUCGCCUAUAGUGCCAGGCUAGUGUUUGUCAAUGCCUGAUUGUGAGGAAGAGGAGGGUUGGAGAUGCACUUAGUGUUAAAGAACAAAAAUAAAGGGGCUAAGCAUUUAUUCAGCAUUGCGAUAAAGAUCAGCUCAUACUGAAUGUAUGUUACUUGUGUCUAAUUGGCCAUAUAUUAACACAUUGGAUGUUUUUCUCUGAAGGCUCGAAUGUGGUUAAAAGGUCAUUCUGCCAUGUUCCAGAUUUCAAAUGGUAUAAAUGUAGUGAAUGUGAGUCAUUGUAACUGGAGAUUUCUAAUUGGCUAGCCUCUGAAAGCAUACAAUCACAUCCUAUAUUAGAUCACUCAUAUAUUUGAACAUGACAAGUUUAUAUAUAUAUAUAUAUAUAUAUAUACAUAAUCUCAACUAACAAAUAUGCUAGCUAUCAAGAGACUUACACUCCUAAACAACAGUUCGCUUGGAUUUUACAUCCUGCCUUGAUGUAGCCAAUUUACACACCAACAGUUAGUAUAGCCUAGAUUGCUAGCUGACAUGCUAACCCUGUAGAAGCCAAUUGUCAUGUUUUCAACAUAAAAGUUACGCUGUCAAAUAUCAAUGCUGGGCAAGAAGUAGAUAAAAGUUAACUUCCUGUUUUGCAUUAACAGUGUCCCAACUGAAUGCAACAAAAUCAGCUUGUUUACACUAAUUCUGUACAGUAAGACCAAACAGUAGAAGGCUGUUAAAAUAAGCUGUUAACUUAGGAGUCCAAAAUAGCUGUCAGCUGUUUUUCAGAAAUGAUUGAACACAAGUUUUAGAAAACAGUACUCAAUCACUCAUUUAAAAAAAAAAAAAAAAAAUUUACUCAAAUUAUUUGACAAUCAUCCCUUAAUCUGAAUAGUUUGCCUUUGGGCAUUAGACAGUUUUGCACCAUGAGUGAAGUUACUCACAGUUAGAGACGUCCCGUCUGAGGGAAGCUACAUACACAUAGCAAGGAUGAUAUACUGAACUCUGAAAAUCACUUUCUGGGUCAGAGUGCGCCUUUCUGUGUUUGCUACUUUCAGUCAAUCCAGUUAGCUUGUUUUGCUAAUAGGGAUGGGAAAUAAUCAAAAUUAAGAUUAAAUUACACUUAUGUUCUACUACAAUUUUCCCAUCAUGGAAGGUGCACUAUUUUUUUAAUCAGAAGGGUGUGUUAAUUGCCAGUUUAAUACAAUUUUUGCAGCAGAGAUGUUAUGCUCUAUACAUCAUUCAAACAUUUCAGUGUCUAUUUUUCUAGAAUAGUUCAAAGUCCUACUUUCUUUUUUUUUGAAUAUGUUUGUCUUGUUAAAAAUGAAAAAGGCAUCAAAUCAAGGAUCCCUUCAAAACAAUUCAUUUUGAAAUGCAAUGAGUCAAAAUAAUCCCAGUUAGAUUUUUUUUUUUUUAAUUGUUCAGCUUUAGUUUAAUCUGCCAAAUAUUUGAUUCUUUGUAAUAUAGAUCUAUUGCUUGUUUGUUGAGAAAAAAAUCAUAAAAUGAGGAAAACUGCAGUGGAUAAGAAACAUGCAAAUUUUAUAACUGAGUCUUACUCAAAAAAGUUUUCCCCCUAUUUGAAAACUUUUACGUAAUAAGUACAAUAUUUUCAGUAUUUUCAUCUUGUUUAGUCCCUACAGUAUAGGGAUGCAUGACAUUAUUGACAUAAUAUCUGCAGAUAAUAGCUUUAAAACUACUUUUAUCAGCAUUUGCAGAUCUUGAAAUUUUAGCCAAAUAUUAAAGCCAAUAUAACAUCAGUACUUAUUGGCAGUAAGAAAUAUGCAUUUCAAAGAAAAACACAUUAAAUUCAAAGAGAUGGACUGGAAAGUAAAUCUUAGUUUGUUAGGUUGAUGCUAACUCAUAAUCAAAAUUCUCUUUAUCGGGCUCACAGAUUUAGCAUUGCUUUAUGCUAAUUUUAACCUAAGAAAUUAUCCAUUUCACUGAAAAAAAUACUAAGUCAGAAAUGUUAAAUGGCAUUAAAAUUUAAUGUGAAAUAACUGAAGCUGAAAGUGAAGUUGGUUUCUUGGCACAAACUGAUCAUUAUAGCUCUUUUAAUGAUGCAACUUGCAACCUGGAACAAAGCAGAGUGACACUGUAACAACAUUCAAACUUUUCACAUUUCCAUUAAAACAGUGAAAUUACUGUCUCGUAAAUACGAUGAAUCACCCUUAUCCAAACCUCAGCCCAACAGGGACUCUACAGCCAUAGUCUUCAGUAAUCACUAUGCAGAGUGGACGGUUUUUAGCUUUUCUGCACAUUAUAAAGCAAUGUGUGUAUGGUGCUCUAAAAUGACUGCAUUCAAACAUUGUUUAGGGUAAUGGCUUUUUAGUUAGCCUGUCAAAAAAAAAUUAGAAAAUGAGAACGUGCUUUAAUGUUAGGAUUAAGCAUUAGCAUGCCAUGCUAGCUAGCCAAACAAACAUUUGCUCUGAAACCAAAUAGCACACCAUUUUAAUGCUGUAAAUGAAUUUAUUUGCCAGGCUGCACCUUGUUUUGUGAAAGCCCACUUUACACUUGCACAUCCAUUUUAAUACUUUAAAGCUGUAUGGAAGGUAGAUUUAGAUGCAAACAGUUUUGUUGCUAGUAUCAGAAUUGAGUUUAUUGCCAAGCACAAGUACAGAUCCUAUUUGUAUUUGAAGUUUGCAACUCCAGCCACUUUUGUUAAUGAUAAUCAGGGCAACAGUAUGUUUGUGUAAUGUCGAAAGUGUUUAAUUGGUUUUAAAGCUGGUAUUCAUAGCAGCUAAACAAUGUUAUAUUAGGAAAGUUGCUUUUUCAUUAUCUUAUAAGCCAUAUCACUCUUAAAUGCAGUAAAAAAAAAAAUAACAGAGUCUUUAUUUUUAGGCUUUCUUGACGAAUACAGCCAACAGAAUUGUGUAUUUUUACAAGAAAUGCUUAGCAUUAGCUGUAGUCUUUUAUGUUAUCAUUGAGGAUACAGAACUGUGCAGACUUUUGAGGCAUGUUAGGGCCAAAAAUUGAGGCUUACAUAAUCUGGCGAGUAAAAUCGCUUAAAGAGUACCAUUGAAUAUGAGGGAGGAUUGAAACAUCCCUGUUGUGCUCUGGAUGUCCUUGAAUAUAUUCGGGUGCAAUGGAAAAUUAACCUGACACGCCAGAUGAAUUUUUUUUCAUACAUCCAUCUGGUAAACCACUCAUAGACAGCAUUUGGGUUAGGGCAGAGGCUUUGAAACAAAUAAAACCCUGCAGGGUGAUUUGAUGAACGUCCUGUCUUUCACAUUUUUAGGGUCAAUCAGAGCAACAAAAUGCGUGAUGUAGCCGCUACUGAGGAGUAAACCAAGGAGAACUUCAUAACGUGAACCAUGGCAACUGUAGACAGUAGAUGACUUUCGUCAUUUUUUUAAAGGAAAACAACUCACUGCUGUUCUUUGUUCUUCUUUUAAUAAAGAAAUGUCAAGUUCUGAUAAAACUGGAGCUUUAGCAGCAUCCACGCCAAUGUGUUCUGCCAUAAUUGCGACAUUGCGAAUCCUCCACACCCAAAAGUAUUACCCCUCGUUGCUAACUGGUCCUGUCACUUUCUAACAGGGCCCAACCGGUUUAGACGGGAGCUUUGCAAGAUGGAUUCGCCAGUGAGAAACACAGAAACGGGUGUAUCCAUCUGCUUUGCAAGGUUAUUGGAAAAUAAUCUGUGGAAGAAAUAAAGCAGACACCUGUAGAGCAGAGUAAUGGAUGGAUGUGUCGAGUAAGCAUGGCUUAGUAUUGUCCUAGUGGAUAGUAAGCAGAUAGUAGAUAGUAAGGUGUACUGCCAGGUGUGAAAAAGCUCAGACAAAAGAGAUGCCAUUGAGCUUGACCUUGGCUGUUAAUCAAGGCAUUCGCUGCUCUGUUCCCCCUGUUGUAGCAGAAAGAUGUGGCAUAUGAAGCCCUGUGAUGGAUCCUUGGCGCCCUACAUGCCUUAAACUUACGCACAUGGCUGUAUGUUUUUGACAAAUAAUAGGAUUCUCUUUUUUUAAUCACCCAAACAUACUAAAAAUUCAGCUAAUAUACAUCUUUAUAAAACCCGUAAGACUGAGGUUAGAUUAAUUAGCUUGCUAGCUAACUUAUUAGGUUUUAUGGUGAUGCCAUCACCUUGAAUUUCCCUGAACCCGAGCUUGGAAACUUGAGGCUACUUCAGUACUCAAAGAUCCCAACACAUUGAGUUCAAUCCUGGUGUGAGGUCAGGCUCAGCUCAGACUUUUUAGGUAAAUGGAACAAAGUAUUUUAUCAGGUGUCAAAAGUGAUGUCUGUUAAAAUUGUGAAGCCUGCUUUUGGGCACAUCUGUCUACAGAAUAUUGGAGAGAAUUUAAAAAAAAUAUCUGCCAAGUUAUUAUUACUUUUUAAGAAUCUGAACGAAUGAAAACCUUGCCAGACAGAUUCUGUUGACUGUUUAUACACUUCUGUAGAUGCCCAAAUAUCUGAAAUGCCAGUAUUUAUCCUUUAAUGUGAACUCAACUGAUGUGACAAAAACAAAGUCAGCUUGCUUUUAAAAUCCAAGAGAGUCAACACACUGGAACAGUUCAUGAGACGUCAAAUGGAGCAACAAAUGUAGUUAGUUAAUGUUUCUGAGGCUCACAGGCUCUCUUGUCUUUGAUAAUGUAACCUCUUGUAUAAACUCUGGCACUGUUGUUGCAGAAACUCUUGUUCACAAUCCUUUUUACUGAUUUUUGCAUAUUGUAUUUUGAAGGAAAAUCUUAUUGAUGUUUGUCUUGAUACCAAAAUAUCAGUGUUGUAAAGUGUGAAUGAACAUAGUUCAAGCAAAUAAAGUGUUCACUUAAAUCAC